GAUGGCGGCCUGAGGCGGCCCCGGCGAUGGCGGCCGCGGCCCCCGCGGCCCCGCCGGCCCCCGGCGAGGCUAAGCGGCCCGAGGGCGAUGAGUGGUGCGACAGCGGGCUGGGCUCGCUGGGCGAGGGACCGCUGGGGCAGCCGCUGCCCGACAGCCCCGGCCCGGAGCCCCCCGAGCCCCCCGCGGACCCCUCGGCCUGGCUGCGGCACGUCCUGAGCUUCGUCACCGAGGACGGCGACACGGCGCUGCACUUGGCCGUGAUCCACGAGCACGAGGAAUUCCUGGAGUCCAUCCUGCGGCACACGGAGCGCUCCCCGUACCUGGACCUGCAGAACGACCUGGGGCAGAGCGCUCUGCACAUCGCGGUGGUGCUGGGGCUGGCGGGGGCCGUGGGGCGGCUGCGGGCGGCGGGUGCGGGGCUCUGUGUGCGGGAGCGGGGGGGGCACACGCCCCUGCACCUCGCCUGUCGUGAGGGGCACCCCGCCUGUGCCCGCGCCCUCCUGGGGGAGCUCCUGGAGGCGGCCCCCGAGCCCCGGCAGCCCCCAGAGACCCCCUCGGAGCCGCAGGGCACAUCGGGGACCCCCCCGGAGCACCAGGAGGAGGAGGAGGAGCUGCGGGCGCAGCUGGAGAGCGUCAACUAUGACGGUGAGGGGGGGUCCAGAGCGCACACUGGGGCCGUGGGGGACACAGCAGAGA